GCCGCCCCCGCCCCACCGCGGCCGGAUCCGAGUGUGCCGGGCGGUGGGAGGGGAGGGAAGGAAGGGAAGGAGAGCAAGGGAAGGAAGAGAAGGGAAGGAAGGGAAGGGGGGGCGCCCGGCCCUGCGCAGUGAGCGAUGUUUGUCCGCCAUCGCGGCGGAGGCUGAAGGAAGCGCCGCCAGCGGAGCGAGGGGCCCGUGCCGCCGCCUCUCCCGCCCGGCCCGGCCCGGUCGGCCCGGCCUCCGCGCCCCCCGGGAGCCGCACUCUCAGCGAAGGUCGCCGGCGGCCUCCCUAGGCCCUGUUCCCGGGUCCACCGCCCCGCCGCGCGUCCCCCGGCUCUGCCGCCCCGCGCCGGAGGCGCCGCCGGACCCGAAGAUGUCGAACCUGAGCAAGGGGACGGGCAGCCGGAAGGACACCAAGAUGCGGAUCCGCGCCUUCCCCAUGACUAUGGAUGAGAAAUAUGUGAACAGCAUUUGGGAUCUUCUGAAAAACGCAAUCCAAGAGAUUCAGCGUAAGAACAAUAGUGGUCUCAGUUUUGAGGAGCUGUAUAGAAAUGCUUAUACAAUGGUGUUGCAUAAACAUGGUGAAAAACUCUACACUGGACUAAGAGAAGUGGUCACUGAGCAUCUAAUAAACAAGGUGCGAGAAGAUGUGUUAAACUCCCUGAACAAUAAUUUUCUACAAACACUAAACCAAGCGUGGAAUGAUCAUCAAACAGCAAUGGUGAUGAUUAGAGACAUUCUGAUGUAUAUGGACCGAGUGUAUGUGCAACAAAACAAUGUGGAGAAUGUCUACAACUUGGGCCUGAUAAUUUUUCGAGAUCAAGUUGUACGUUAUGGCUGCAUCAGGGAUCACCUGAGGCAAACUCUGCUGGAUAUGAUUGCAAGAGAGAGGAAAGGAGAAGUUGUAGACAGAGGCGCAAUAAGAAAUGCUUGCCAGAUGUUAAUGAUUCUAGGUCUUGAAGGAAGGUCAGUCUAUGAAGAAGACUUCGAGGCUCCGUUUUUGGAGAUGUCUGCAGAAUUUUUUCAGAUGGAAAGUCAGAAAUUUUUAGCUGAAAACAGUGCUUCUGUAUAUAUAAAGAAAGUAGAAGCUAGAAUUAAUGAAGAAAUAGAGCGGGUGAUGCAUUGUUUGGAUAAAUCAACAGAAGAACCCAUUGUGAAAGUUGUUGAGAGGGAGCUUAUUUCCAAGCAUAUGAAAACUAUAGUGGAAAUGGAGAACUCUGGGCUAGUUCAUAUGCUGAAAAAUGGGAAGACAGAAGACCUUGCUUGCAUGUACAAGUUGUUCAGCCGUGUGCCAAAUGGUCUGAAGACGAUGUGUGAGUGCAUGAGCUCAUACCUGAGGGAGCAAGGCAAAGCACUGGUUUCUGAAGAGGGAGAAGGAAAGAAUCCAGUUGACUACAUUCAGGGUUUACUGGACUUGAAGAGUAGGUUUGAUCGCUUCCUUCAAGAAUCUUUCAAUAACGAUCGGCUCUUCAAGCAGACGAUUGCGGGUGACUUUGAGUACUUCCUCAACCUCAACUCCAGGUCUCCAGAGUACCUCUCAUUAUUUAUUGAUGAUAAGCUGAAAAAGGGAGUCAAGGGACUAACAGAACAAGAAGUAGAAACUAUUUUGGAUAAGGCAAUGGUUUUAUUCAGGUUUAUGCAAGAGAAAGAUGUUUUUGAACGCUAUUACAAGCAGCACUUGGCAAGAAGACUUCUCACAAACAAGAGUGUUUCAGAUGACUCUGAGAAAAAUAUGAUCUCCAAAUUAAAGACUGAAUGCGGAUGUCAAUUCACGUCGAAACUGGAAGGAAUGUUCAGGGACAUGAGCAUCUCAAACACAACGAUGGAUGAGUUCAGGCAACAUCUUCAGGCAACAGGGGUCUCACUAGGAGGUGUUGAUCUCACAGUGCGUGUCCUCACAACAGGUUACUGGCCCACCCAGUCAGCCACACCAAAGUGCAACAUCCCUCCAGCUCCCAGACAUGCUUUUGAAAUAUUUAGAAGAUUUUAUUUAGCCAAACAUAGUGGGCGACAGCUGACACUCCAGCAUCACAUGGGUUCUGCAGAUCUCAAUGCCACUUUCUAUGGGCCUGUUAAAAAGGAAGAUGGCUCAGAAGUCGGUGUAGGAGGUGCCCAAGUAACUGGCUCAAAUACACGGAAGCACAUAUUGCAAGUCUCCACUUUCCAGAUGACAAUAUUAAUGCUAUUUAACAACAGAGAAAAAUACACGUUUGAGGAAAUUCAACAAGAAACUGAUAUCCCUGAAAGAGAACUGGUUAGAGCCCUACAGUCCCUUGCAUGUGGCAAACCAACACAACGUGUUCUCACAAAAGAGCCCAAAUCAAAAGAAAUAGAAAAUGGUCAUAUAUUUACAGUGAAUGAUCAGUUCACAUCUAAACUACACAGAGUCAAGAUUCAGACGGUUGCUGCCAAACAAGGAGAAUCUGAUCCAGAAAGGAAAGAAACAAGGCAGAAAGUAGAUGAUGACAGAAAACAUGAGAUAGAAGCUGCUAUAGUUCGGAUAAUGAAAUCUAGAAAGAAGAUGCAACACAAUGUGCUAGUAGCAGAGGUAACUCAGCAGCUGAAGGCCCGAUUCUUACCAAGUCCAGUUGUUAUUAAAAAACGUAUUGAAGGACUUAUUGAGAGAGAAUAUUUGGCACGAACACCUGAGGAUCGCAAAGUAUACACUUACGUAGCAUAAAAUGCGUUCAGAAAAUUUGAUUUAUUCUUGGACUAUACUCUUCGCAUGAACUGGGAAGUUCUUUUAAAUCAUUAAUAUUAAGACGACCAUCUUCUCUAUUAAAUUACAGUACAUGUUCUAGACCAUUCAGAUCAAGCCUUUUACUCCUUUUGAGAGUUUUUGACAUGAAUUAAUUGAGCUUCAGGCUUUUCAACGUUAUCCCUGUAGAGAUCAUCCUUAUAAUUCUUCGGGAAAAUGUGAAUGUGCCGCGUUUGUUUUCAAUACUGUAUGAAAACAGAAAUAAAAAUGACUUUAGAAAAUACAGCUCAUUUAAAAAAAUAAAUUUGUUGCAAUUUCA